UGCAUUACAAACAGACGAUACCAUCGCUUCAACAGCAUCUUUCCAGACAAGAGAUUCCAAACGGCACUACAGGUGGCCUCAAGGAUGGCUUCCAGCCACUGGAAUGAAACCACAACCUCUGUGUAUCAGUACCUUGGAUUUCAGGUCCAGAAAAUUUACCCUUUCCAUGAUAACUGGAACACUGCCUGUUUUGUCAUCCUGCUUUUGUUCAUAUUUACUGUGGUGUCCUUAGUCGUGCUGGCUUUCCUUUACGAAGUACUUGACUGUUGUUGUUGUGCUAAGAACAAAACCGUGAAGGACUUGAAAAAUGAGCCGAACCCUCUCAGAAGUAUGAUGGACAACAUCAGAAAACGUGACAGCGAGGUGGUGUAACCCUCAAGAAGAUGAACAAAAGCUUUAAAAACAGCCUUCUGCCUCUUCUGGGGAAAACAAUUUCCUGAAGCCAACCAUUACUACAAAAUUGACUCUGACUUUGAAUAGCUAAAAGAUUUCUAGUAGAAGAGAAAACAAGUGAAUGUGCACUUUUGUGUCUCCUUCAUUAAACAUACAGUUCAGAA